AUGUCUUUUUUGCCGUCUUCAUUUUCACAGCUGAGCGAUGAAUAUCUCGAGCAGCUUACUCUAUCGACUCCUGCUCCCGAAACUUUCAAUCUUUACGAACUAGUGGAGCAGAUUUCUCCGAGGCAGCUGGCCGAAGCCUGGGUCGGUGAUUCUGCAGCAGCAGAAGAACCGCAGUCAAGUGUUCCACCUGUAGACGAUGAAGAACAAGUGCUUUCUGCAACAACAAAUGUGCCCGAUACUAGGGAUCGUCACAAACAUGUGGAGCAGAUUUCCCCAACAAAGCUGGCAGAGGACUGGGCUAAUGAAUAUUUAGCAGCAGCAGGAGAGAAACAGUCCAGCGCUCAACUUGUAGGAAAAGAGUAUGGGUUUCCUGUAUCAGUGGUUGCGCCCCGAACUUCCAAUCUUCACGAACAAGUGGGGCAGAUUUCCCCAACACAGCUGGCCGAGGACUGGGCCAAUGAAUAUUUAGCAGCAGCAGCAGCAGAGGAGCAGUCCAGUGCUAGACCUGCAAGCAGUGAGCGUGGGUUUCCUGUAUCAAUGACUGCUCCUCGAACUUCCAGUCUUUACGAACAUGUGGAGCAGGUUUAUCCGGCACAGCUGGCUAAGGACUGGGCCGACGAAUAUGUAGCAACAACGCAGAAAGCACAAACCAGUGGUCUGCCCGUAGGCAAUGAAAAAUGGAUAAAAUGGGCCGAGGAAUUCUCUAACCUGGAUUUAGGGAACGACGAUAAAGACGAAGUAAACAUGGAGGAAGCCGGAAACACUGAAAUUUGGUAUGCGAUUUUCGCUUUUGAAACUAUGUUACUGAUGAUUUGGAUUCAAUAA